AUGGGCAAUUAAUGCUGUUCUCAAACUUAAACUAAUACUCAAUCUUAAAAAGAAAUCUAAUAAUCUAUUUGCUAAGAUAACGGAAUAAAAUCUUUAGCAGAUUCAAUUUAAAUUGGACAAAUUGGAGAGCUUAUCUCAUAACAUUGCAAAUUAUAUCAAUAUUAAGAUGGAGAUAGUUUAUUAUGCCCUCCACAAUUAUCUCCUAGGUAAUAACAUGUUAUUGUUUAUCUUGAACCAAAAGUAUUAAUUGAUGAAGUCAUACAAUUUUAAACAGAUAUUUUAAAAGGAAUAUUAAGUACAAGAUCUCAUGAGAGUUAUUCCGAUUCACCAUUUAGCUCAACUAAUGGCAAAGAUAAACCAUAAAGAAGAGUCUAAUUUAGAGAGCAAUCAAUAUAAUGA